AUGGAGCAAAUCUACCGGAAAAAUCGUCAAGGAACAUCAUUUUCAAAGACUGGGUGGAACAACAUUCAUUCUGCAUUCAAUGCAAAAACAGGAAAAUCAUAUGAGAGGAAGCAAUUGAAAAAUAGGCUUGAUAGCUUGAGGAAGGAUUGGAGGACAUGGGUUGAUUUGAACAAAGAAACUGGUGUAGGUUGGGACCCUAUAAACAAUACAGUGGUGGCAACAAAUGAGUGGUGGGAGAAGAAAAAACUGGAGAAUCCCCAGUAUGAAAAGUUUAGGUACCAGGGGUUAAAGUUUGCUCAUGAAUUAAACACGAUAUUCAAGGGUGUGAUAGCAUCUGGAGAGGAUAUGUUGGCACCGUCUUUAACCCAACCUCAGACACAAGAGGAUGAUGAAGAGAAUGUGUAUAGAGUUGAUACAGAUCUCCUUGAAGGAUCGGGGGAUAGCGAAGAAGAUCUUGGAGGUGCUAGUAUAGGAGUUACGGAUGAGAUGGCAGGCGUAAACUUAACAGCAAAUACUGCACCUAGUGGUUCAGGAAGCCAUGGGAAGAGGAAGAGAGGUGAAGGGUCUAGCAGGCAAACAAAGCAAAAACUUCCAGCCUCAAGACAAAUAGCGGAUUCAGUUAGUGAAAUAGCUACUGCAUCUAAGGAUAGAGCUGCAACUCUUAAGAAAAUAAAAGAGGUAUCAAUUUCUGAGGUUACGGCCGAAGUGCUCUGCCUUGAGGAAAUUACAAGUACUCUGAUUUCCGGAACCGGUGCUUAA